AUGACCUUCCUGACUCUGACGCCUUGGUUGCGUCGUAACGUGUAUGACGAAGAUGGAAGGGUCUGGUACGAGGAGUGCAUCUCGGCCAGAUUUAUCCGGCCUGUUGAAGAGGCCGCGAGGAUGGCCCUGAAGAAUGCAGAUUGGGACCCCCUCCCCUUCAAGGGCAGCAAAGUAAAGAAAGGAUCAGCCAGGCCUCCUCGACCGAGUACCACGGCCGUGGCCGUACCUAUGGUGACGGCUCCUCCUUCGGCUGGAGCAACGGUCGCGGCUUCGACCGCGGCCCCAACUCCCAGGGCAACGGCCGUGGUGGGGGCGCGGAAGACCUUGGCCCAUAGGACCGUGCCGUCCUCUCCUCCUGCUCGGCCGAGUGCCGUUGCUGCCCCGGGUCGCAAGAGGGGUCGAGAAGGUCCAAGUACUGGGGCUGCUCCGGCUGAGGCGGCACCGGCCCAGGGUGCCGUGGCUGAGAUGGCGGUGCGAGAAUGGCCGAGAAAGAGGGCCCUCCUUGUUUUCUCGGGGGGCGAGGAUGAGGAGGAAGUCCCUCCUGUGAUUGACGUCGUAGUGGUCGAGGAGGAAGCUACGGCCGAGGUGCCGUAUGUAGAGGAAGCGGCCGCUGCCGAGAUGGUGGUCGAGGAGGUGCGGGCCGCGAAGGAGGCGGCCACUGCCGAGGAAGUGGUUGGGAUGCUGGAUGCCGAGACUGCAUUCGCAGAAGUGCCGGCCGCUGAGGAGGCCGCCGAAGAGGCCGCUGAGGAAGCCGCCGAAGAGGCCGCUACGGACGUGCCAGACGAUGAAAUCAUUGUUGUAGAACCAACGCGGACCGUCCCAGCGGAAGUCCCUUCGGCUGUCUCUGUCGUGCCUUCCUUGGCUGCUACCGUGCCUGUUGAGCCAUUGUCGUCCGCUCCCAGCCGUCCAAGCGGCAUCGUGUUCCGCUCGUCGUCGCCGCCGCUGUCCAUGGUUGUGGCAAUCGUGCCCCCAGCGCCGGUGUCCCAGGACUCGACGGUUGUGACCGAGCUGGAGGUAACCGGGGCCACGGUCGUAGGUGUGCCAAGUCUCGUGUGGGCUACUUCGGCGGUCUUGACCGAGCUUUCAGUCGCAGAGGUCCCCGCCGCGUCGCUUGCCACUGCUUCAGCUUGUGUGCUGCAGAAAGUUAUCUGA